AUGGCGACCUCACACGCUUUCCCACCUGAAGAAAGUUUACCUCAUCCUCCACCUAUUUUUCCGCAACAAAUAAAUCCAAAACAGGCUGUAAUUUACAACAAGUCGGGCACGAAGUGUAUGAACAUUGUAAAGGAACCUUCCGGAACGCCUUUGUCACCGACUUCACCGCCUUCAAAAGAUCCUGGCGAACUUGCUCCUUCUCAUAGCUCACAAAAUAGUAACGGCGCCGCAAAAAAGAAAAAAAAGAAGAAAGGCAAAAGAAAGCCUCCUCCAGAUCACAUUGAAGAUCCCGAUAUCGCUAAUGGAACCCAUAAUCAACAUACAAAGUCUCAUCACACUAUUUACAAUAGCGAUUUUGAUGGAGAAGAGGUCGUUGAUGUGGAUAUAGAAGAUGAUGAAGAGUUUUUCUCGGAUGAUGAAGGGUACGAUCCUGAAGCUCCGGAAAUACCUUUCCCGCGUAAAGAUUCUCUCACUAAUAUUGACGAUAUCCACAAUCAUCCUCAUCAUAACCAUAAUCAUAAAUCUCGUAAAGACGGUAUCUGGAAUACCAAUAAUAAUGAAGAACGACAACGGAUAAGAGAAUUCUGGUUGCAAUUAGGUGAAGAGGAACGACGGAGUUUAGUAAAAGUCGAAAAAGAAGCCGUACUUAAAAAAAUGAAAGAACAACAGAAACAUUCAUGCUCAUGUUCC